GCAAUGCUGCUCCAUUCAUUCAAAGAACCGAAGCACGUUCGAGAGGAAAGAUGCAGACAAAGAUGUUCUCCUUUGGUCUGUUUGCAGUUUCAGCAUUUCUAUGGCACGUUGUGUCUGGUGCAGACAGCGUCUCUGUGUCAGCGAUGGAGGGAGAUUCAGUCACUCUAUACACUGAUGUUAAAAUAAACCAACAAGAAAAGAUUCAUUGGUAUUUUAAUGGCAUUCGCAUCGCUUACAUCAAUGGAGAUCUUAGUCAUAUCUGUACAGAUGUUCAGUGUGAAGAUAGUGAUGAGAGAUUCAGAGACAGACUGAAGCUGGACAAUCAGACUGGAUCUCUGACCAUCACAAACAUCACAAACACAGACUCUGGACUUUACACAUUUCAAAUCAUCAGAGGUAACAACAAUGAAAGGAUCUUCAAUGUUACUGUCAUUGGUGUUUCUGCUGCUGAACUGUGUGAAGUGAAGAAGAGAAAAUCUGUCACUUUAGACCCUGGUGUAAUAAAACACCCAAUCGAUUCGAUGACGUGGUAUUUUAAUGACACUUGCAUCACUGAAAUCACUGGAAAUCAGAGUAAGAUCUGUACAGAUGAUCAGUGGGAUGAGAGAUUCAGAGACAGAAUGGAGGUGAAUCAAACUGGAUUCCUCACCAUCACAAACACCAGAACCACAGACUCUGGACUUUAUAAACUACAGAUCCACAGCCGCAGAUUCAGCAUCACGAGGAGCUUCAGAGUAACUGUCACUGGGGGCGGAGACUAUAAAGAUGCUCGUGUUCCAUCUUCAGGAAAACCCGAUUUCCUUUUCCGUGACACUAUCAAUCUCUGUGAUUUGAUCCAGGAUAUUUACAAAGGGUGAAAAAUAGCCUCGGGCAUCUGUCAAAAGUCCAAGAAUGAGGAAAGCAUCACCAGACCCGACAGGAUCAUGUAUCUGCAAAAGGAUUUCCAUCGCCGCAAAUCAGCAUCACACUUCAGCUUGUGUUGUUCAGCUUUAACCUGGAAUAAUAUUCACAUUUAUCAUUUAGCAUGCGUAUUAUAACAAGUGCCUUGGUUUCUGGUUCUGGAUUAGUGAAGAGCUUGUGGAAGAGAUGUGUUGUCAUCUGUUUCCUGAAGAUAGAGAUGUUCUCAUCAGAUCAGAUGAAGGCUUCUGAGGGAACCGCUAGGUGGCGCUCAUUCAUUGUUAAACUUUCUCUAUACAUUUAUUCAGUUCAACAAUAACCUACUUUUACUAUUCAGUUAUCUCGAUAAAUUCAUACAACAAAUAAUUUGUGACAAUAAGCAGGAAUUUCACACUCAAUCCAUCAGUAAGCUUGAGUUUACACAGAUCUAAAGUGUAUCAAUCUUUAAAACAAACUUACAUGAGUUCUCAGGACAGUCAUUAUUUAAUUUACGAAAUCGAUUAAUGGACCGGUUCCAUGUGAAGAAGAUCUGCACUACUCUUAUUGUACUUGACUUGUCAAGCACAUCAUCAAUGUACUGUAUUUGCACAUUAUAAUGUGAAAAGUGAAAAAUAACUAAUCUGCAUUGUUUUGCCUCAAAACAAAAUUUGUAUGAUUGUGAUUCAGCUCAGAAUUGGAGAGUUUAGUUCAAAAGAACUAAUUUGAAAUCUUUAAGAUGAAACUGAAUGGGGAAAAUACUUCCAUAAUUUGUGAUACUGGUUGUCACUUUUGUACUUCAUAUGCAUGUCUGCAUGUUUGUAUUGUGUGUUUUUAAUAAUAUCAGUUGCUUCUAAUAACAGAAUGUGAAUUAAUAUAAAAUGCUGUUUUAAAUAAACUUUAA